AUGACUAUUCCCCAAACUUACAAACGCGCUGUCUACAAAUCUGCUGGCACCCCGCUGGUCCUCGAACAAGUCCCGCUCACAUUGCCUGGGCCCAAUGAGAUCCUAGUCAAGGUAGAAGCUUGCGGCGUUUGCUUCUCUGAUGUAUUUGCCCAGGGUAAUGUGAUGGGCGGCGGUUUUCCCAUCGUCCCAGGUCAUGAAAUUGUCGGUCAUGUCGCGGCGCUCGGAGACAGUGUGUCCGGUUGGGCAGUCGGUGACCGGAUUGGUGGUGCAUGGCAUGGUGGGCACGAUGGAACAUGCCACGCCUGCCGGAAGGGUUGGUAUCAAAUGUGCGACGCGCAGAUCGUUAACGGUGAGACCAAGGACGGUGGAUACGCAGAGUACUGUCUCGUGAACUCCGAAGCAGCGGUGCGAAUCCCUUCGCAUCUUCCAGCCUCGAAAUAUGCCCCGAUCCUAUGCGCCGGCGUCUCCGUCUUCAACUCCAUCCGCCACAUGAACGUGCCGGCCGGCUCAACAGUGGCAGUACAAGGCCUAGGUGGCCUCGGGCAUCUCGCCAUCCAGUACGCAAACAAAAUGGGAUUCCGGGUGAUUGCCAUCUCACGAGACGCGGACAAGGAGGGGUUUGCGCGGGAGCUCGGGGCACACGAAUACAUAGAUUCAAGUAAAGAAAAUGAUGUGGGAGAGGCACUGCGUACGCUGGGCGGUGCGUCUCUGAUUGUUUCCACUGCGCCAACCGCAGCGGUUAUGGCGCCACUGUUGAAGGGACUGGGGAUUUUAGGCAAGCUGCUGUUAUUAUCCUUGCCUGGCGAGCUGCCGAUUGAUACUGUGACCAUGCUGAAGUACGGUGUAUCGGUUCAGGUUUGGCCCUCUGGUCAUGCCACCGAUACUGAAGAAGCACUUGCAUUCACGGAACUCCAUGGAAUCAAGUGCUUGGUGGAAGAGUUUCCCCUCGAAGAGGCAAACAAAGCGUUCGACGCCAUGUUGAAAGGUACAGUCAGGUUCCGGGCGGUCAUUACUAUGGAAUAA